CUCCAGAGGAAGCUUGAGACCCGAGCCUUUUCCCCCGGAAGUGGUGGCGCAGGGGCCGGUGGGAGGCCCCGCUGUAGCCGCGCGGUGACUGUGGUGGAUAAUGGCGGAGGCAGCGGCAUCCAUGGGGACGGCGGCAGCAGCAGUAACAGUAACUCUUGCUGGAGGAGGCGGCGGAGGCGGAAGCGGCGGAGUUGGCUGGACUAAGCAGGUCACUUGCAGGUACUUCAUGCAUGGUGUUUGCAAAGAAGGAAACAACUGCCGCUAUUCCCAUGACCUUACAACCAGCAAGCCUUCACUGAUUUGCAAAUACUUCCAGAAAGGAUGCUGUACCUAUGGAGAUCGCUGCCGGUAUGACCACGUGAAGCCGUCAAACCAAGGAUUGUCAGAGGUUCAGAGUGGUCCUACGCCAUUGAUCUCGAAGGAUUCUGCCACCGCAUCAGCUUCUAAACUUACUCCACUUACCAAAUUAAAUGGUGAAAUGAGCACAAAAACAGUGAUUGAGGAAUCCAACUCUGCAACAAGUUCAAACCUGGAGGACUGGGUUAAUGCAGCAGAAUUUAUACCUGGACAGCCAUACUGUGGACGAACAACAUCAACUUACCCUGAAACAAGAAAUGAAGAUCUAAUAAUAGAAGAAAACUUUGAGGGCUCACAAACUGAAGAUGUGAAGAAGCAGAUGUGUCCAUAUGCUGCCUUAGGAGAAUGUCGAUAUGGUGUUAACUGUGUGUACCUCCAUGGAGAUGUGUGCGAUAUGUGUGGUUUACAGGUUCUCCAUCCAGUUGACGCCUCUCAGAGAUCAGACCACAUAAAGGCAUGCAUUGAGGCUCAUGAAAAAGACAUGGAGCUAUCUUUUGCCAUUCAGCGUAGUAAGGAUAUUAUAUGUGGCAUCUGUAUGGAAGUAAUCUAUGAAAAAACAAAUGCGAGUGAGCGACGUUUUGGAAUCCUGUCCAAUUGCAGUCAUACUUACUGUCUCAAUUGCAUUCGAAAGUGGAGGAGUGCCAAACAGUUUGAGAAUAAGAUUGUUAAAUCCUGUCCUGAGUGUCGAAUUACAUCAAAUUUUGUCAUUCCAAGUGAAUACUGGGUAGAAGACAAGGAAGAAAAACAAAAACUUAUCAAGAAAUACAAAGAGGCAAUGAGCAACAAGGCAUGUCGAUACUUUGAUCAGGGGCGUGGCACUUGUCCCUUCGGGAGUAACUGUUUCUACAAACAUGCAUACCCUGAUGGUCGUCUGGAAGAACCACAACCACCAAGGAAACCAGUUGCAUCAAUGGGGAGAUAUCGGAACCAACGGAGGACGCAUUUUUGGAAUUUCAUUGAAGAGAGAGAAAAUACUGAUUCCUAUGAAAAUGAUGAAAUGGUCACCUUUGAACUUGGCGAAGUGUUACUUAUGCUUUUGGCAGAUGGCCACGACGAUGACUUUUCAGAUACUGAUGAUGAGUGGGACUUGUUUCAUGAUGAAAUGGAUGUUGAUUAUUAUGAGUUUGACCUAUAGCACUCAUUGUGGAUUCUGGACUGUUGUUCAUUGUUUUUUAGACAAUAGCUUUUCCUGUGUUGUGGCAGUGCCAUAUAUCUUGGGCAGGCCAGGCAUUCAGGGUGCAGUUUCACUUUGGACAUUUGUGCAGAGUUCUUGUCGAUAGUGCAAAAUAUAAGUUAAACUAAUUUGCUUUUCUCAAGAUGAUAACUUGGAAGGUAAAUAUAGCAAGUGGUUCCAUGUGGAUAAGAGUUGAGUUUAGGUACUUGACCUGAAUAUAGGUGUCUGUCCUUGGUUAUCAAAUCAAUAUGACCACUUGUGUGCAUGAAACCAACAAGGGCACCUUGACUCAUUUUACAGGUUGUGUUAUUGUAUACAAUGUCCUCCCCACAUAAUUACAUUUAUUUUAAAGAGGGCAUCAUGCAGUCAAUGACCUUUUACAAGUCAAAGUGCAAAAUAAUUAUGAUUAACAUCUGUGGUUUUUUCCCGUCUUUAUAUUUUUUUAAUUUUAUAUAGUAUGCUGAUAGAGCUUAGGAGAACCUGACUUAGUGACUGAGUCCUGCUUAUGAGGGAGCUGAAUUAUCCAUAUGCUGUUAAAAUGACUAGACCACUUUAUUUUGUUUCAGGAAUUAUUUCUUUCCUCAUAUUGUUCGACUCAGUAACUCCCUCUCACUGAUUCUCUUCAAUAAUAUUAAUACUCCAUUUAUCCAAAAAAUAUUUUUAAAAUAAACUCACAUCAAAAAUAAAAGACUGUUAAUCAGAAUUAUUUUCAGUUCAAGUUUGAAAAAGGAUCCUACUGUUAAGAUUCCCUCUUUAAGUACCCUGUUUGAGAGAAGUUGUUUGUUAUGGUCAUGUGAAGUGAUGACAUUUCUAAAAGCAAAAAAAACAUGGAUAUAGCACUAUCAGAUUCCACAAGAAAUGUGAGGUUAACUGUUCCGUAUAUUAUAGGUGUUUUUUUAUUUAUUAACUAUUGGCUGUUCUGACUGACAUUUCUCAGUUAGCUUAUUUAAAUCUUUCAUCUAAUCUAGAUAAAAUAAUGACACAAAAUUAUGGGAAUUACCAAAGUCUUGUUAUUUAUCCCAUUUUCAUAUAAAUCUCAUUUUAUAUCUUGUGACAAGUUUAUCUGACUGAUUUCAGUUCAGAUUUCAUUUGGAUUCUUAACAUUAAGAAAUAGGUGUUCUUGUGAUACUGGCUCAAUCUGAUGUUUGGGAAUAUUCAGGGUAAAUCUUUUGUAAAGUAGUAAAUUCAUCAGUUGCAGGUUAUAAGUGUGUAAAUUUAUGAUUUAGGCAGAUUAACUGCCACCAUUUUCUUCUUUACAAAUGCCCACCUAUUAGUUCGAUAUACUGAGUCAUAAUGAAUGCUGUUCAAUUGAGUAUACCUAUUUCUACAACCUACUAUUAUAAGAAUUUAAACUCCACAUGCUUGGUCACUGGCUUCGUGGGUAUCUGCGCAUUUUGAACUCUGCAGACUGAAAACUGGGAUACCUGUUCCUAUUCUCCUUUACAGGAUAUUAGGAUUCAAUUAAGUUUUAGUGGAAGCAUGGGAACCUGAGUAUUUGUGGUGUUUCUUGGAUAUGUGACAAUGCAUAUUGGCCCUGUUUUCCUAUUUGUGGAACUGCACGUAACUGCACAUGAGGUCUGAAUUUGUUGAAGAGGUUUGCUGUUGAGAGCCUAAUCAUUUUGGCAAUGCAAAUGAGAGGAAAUGUAGAUUCUCAAUGCUGUUUGAGAGCAGUUGCAUAUUUUGGGAAAUGUAGCUGGAACAAUUACUCUUUAAACUGUCAUAUUACAAGUACAAAACAGCAUUUUUCUAAAUAAAUACCUUUUUGCUCUAAA